AUGGCGAAUUUCACGGGCGGCGAGAAGCUCACAGCGGCGUAUAUCAAGAAAACUUACAAGAAGUUCCAGGCAGUAGAUCAAGAUGGCUCCGGCAGGAUAGAAUACCCAGAAUUCUUGACGGUGAUGGAACGAGAGGAUUCCUUCCUUAUGAAGCGUAUGUUCGACGUGUUUGACACCGACAAAAGUGGCACUCUCGAACUGAAAGAAUUCAUAGCGGCGUAUAUCAAGAAAACUUACAAGAAGUUCCAGGCAGUAGAUCAAGAUGGCUCCGGCAGGAUAGAAUACCCAGAAUUCUUGACGGUGAUGGAACGAGAGGAUUCCUUCCUUAUGAAGCGUAUGUUCGACGUGUUUGACACCGACAAAAGUGGCACUCUCGAACUGAAAGAAUUCAUAGUGAGAUAG